UCAGUGCGGGUCAGAGCUGCGCUGGAGCCGCGCACUUUAGAGUUUACAGACACGAUGGAGAAUGGCUCAGGAUCAUGACGCUGCUAAACUUGUGUUUAAUAUAAUUAGACUUUUGGACAUUUCACUGAACAGAUAACGCAAACUACACCAAACCAAAUGGAUCCUUUACAGAGUGAAGGAAACAGUCAGGAGGACGCCCAGUGCGCAGAGGAGGACGAGGUGGACCCGAGGAUUCAGGGAGAACUGGAGAAGCUGAACCAGUCCACAGACGACAUCAACCGAUGGGAGAGUGAACUGGAGGACUACCGCCAACGCUUCCGGGCCGUUCUCGUGGAAGCAACUCUGAAGCUGGACGAGCAGAUGAAGAGGAUCGGGAGAGCUGUGGACGACUCUAAACCUUACUGGGAGGCCCGUAAAGUCGCUCGUCAGGCCCAGAUCGAAGCCCAGAAGGCCACGCAGGAGUUCCAGCGCGCCGUGGAGAUCCUCAGAGCGGCUAAAGAAACUAUAGCUUUGGCUGAAGAGCGUCUGUUGGAGGAGGACAGCCGCCAGUUUGACUCUGCCUGGCAAGAGAUGCUAAACCACGCUACGCAAAGGGUGAUGGAAGCCGAGCAGGAGAGAACCCGCAGCGAAGCCGAACACCGAAAAACCGCCACCAGUUACAACUCCUGCAUCAGUCACAUGAAACAACUCGAGAAGAAACUCAAACGCUCCAUCAACAAGUCGAGGCCGUACUUUGAACUGAAAUCCAAGUAUUACGUCCAGCUGGAGCAACUGAAGCGCCAAGUGGACGAUCGUCAGGCGAAGCUCGUGGUGGCGAAGGCCGAGUACCGCGCGGCUCUACGUAACCUGGAGACCAUAUCGGAGGAGAUCCACGCUCAGAGACGCUCGCUGGCUCUGGGCACCCGGGAGCAGGGCGUGGGCGCGGAGAAGGACGCCGCCCACGACGACAUCGACAACUUCAAGAUGGAGUCAGACGGUUUGUCGAUGGUGUCCGUGUGCACUGAUGAAGAGAGCAGUCAAAGCAGCUGCUCGGAGGAAGAGACAGACGCUUCCUCCACAUCUCCGUCCUCCUCAUCCUCCUCCUCCUCCACCUCCACCACGCCCUUGGACAUGCCCUCCCCUUUCAUGCCCCCCCUGUCCCCCCUGUCCCUCCUGUCCCCCUGUCCCGGCACAGUGGAGCCAGAUUCCCCUGUCCUGGGCCCUCGCAGCCAAUGCAGCGGAGCCUCCUCUCCAGAGUGCGACCAAGAGAGAGGUGACAGAGCAGAGGGAGCAGAGGGGGCGCUAGAGGCCGGCUUAAAGACCCUCACACUGACCGUACAGAACCACUCAGGAGACUCUGGCGAACAAAGCGAUGACCUUGGGUACGUGAGCCCAGACGUUCCCCUGUCCAGCCCGUCUGCACCUGUCCUACUCCUCAACAGCGUCUGAAAUUACUCUAGACUUUGAGAUAUAUUAAAAAAACAACAACUUUAAAACUGUGACCCGGGUGUGCAUUAAAGAAGCAUGACGUUUUUUUAUGUUUUAGCUAAGUGUAUUAACAGGGCCGUCGACGGGGAAGGGGCAAAGGGGUCUGUUGUCCGGGGGUCCCAGGGUUUAAGGGGCCCAGAAUUGAACCCUCUUCCUAUUAAUUUAUAUUAGAGGGGGGCCAUGUGAGGCUUAUUGUCCUGGGCCCACAAAUUUCUAUCAAUGGGCCUGUGUAGUAUUCUGAGGUAUAGAGGGACAGUACUCCUUGGAAGGCCGUUACUUGUCCUAGAAUAAGUUGUACACAGCCAUAAAAAAAAAAGCUUUCCUGAUUCAAAAAGCAUCGCAAUUUAUGACUGUCUUUAAUGGGUCUUGUGUGGCCACUGCACUCAUUUCAAUUUAACAUUUCACCUGUUUUCUUGUGCAAAAACAUCACCAGUUCGUGCAGUAAAACAUGUCUAUAUCUUAAACAUUACGCCAUUGUCCUUCUUAACUCUGCCAAUGGUUUAUCGACGCAACACUAAGAUUUCGUGUUAUUCUAGGCCGAAGUAAGUGUAUAACUGUUUAUAGUUAAGUUUUAAUAUGUUAGCUAUGAUCUGAAGGAAGUUGAAGGUUCAUGUUCAGUUUGCAGUCUAAAUAAACAAAGCUCCACUGAGAGUAAAUACCACUCAUCUUCCGCUCGGAUUUGGACGUGUUAAAGAGAUCAGUAUCUGAUUGCUCGUUGAUAUUUUAUGUCAAAAACUCCAUUUGAACAAAUAAUCUAUAUUUAUACAUGUAUAAUUUUGUAUAUGACCUUGUUGUGUGAUGAAUGUUGUUAAUAAAUGUGUUUUGUAAAACCU